AUGGUCUUGAAAAGGGGGGAGCACCGUGGUAACGAAGAUGAUUCCGCGAAUUUACCGCAAGGAAAAGUAGUUUGGGCUUCAGUCGAUGCGGAUGCACAAGCCGGCCUUGCAACGCGGUUUCAAGUGAGCAAGUAUCCAACGUUGAAACUCUUCCGCAAUGGGGAGAUCGUGCGAAAAGAGUACAGAAGUCAACGUUCCGUCGAGGCUCUUUCUGAGUUUAUUCAGAAACAGUUAGAUUCUGGACUUCAAGAAAUUCCCAGCACGGAAGAGCUGUAUCGAAAGAUGGAUGCAUCAAAACGUAAUGUAGUCGCAUACUUCCCGCAACUCAGCGGACCCGAAUACGAUUCUCUAAAAAAGGUUGCGUCGGUUUUGAGAGAAGAAUGCGUUUUCUACGUUGGUGGCGGUCCAGCUUUUUUCUGCUCGUACAACACAGGGCCCGGCGCUUCACAAGAAGGACUGCAGUUCACUGGAGACAUGAAGAACUAUGAUUUCUUG